UUUUUCGGAAAUUAAAAUUAAUGUUUAUCUAGUUCUUGAUUCAGUUUUUUUUUGAGUUGUCAAGUAAUUUUGGAAGAUGUUAUACAUAUUUAGGAUUGCCUUCCUAAUUUUUGUUGUACUUGCACAGACUGACACAACUCCAUUUCAUGAGACGGCUUCCAGACAAGGUGAAGCCAAUGCAGAUCAAGCAGAUGAACAACUUAACAAUGAGGCAAGUAUAAUUUUGAAAACUGUUGGUAUUUAUAAAAUUAUGAAUUUGGUUGUACUUAAAUUAAUUUUUGGAAGUUCUUGUACGUGUUCAUAAUCCCAUUCCUGACUUCAGGAUACACGAGAGCCUAUGAAUGAGAUCACGAAAGAGACACCUGGUUCUCCAAUAGCUCAACAGAAUAUUGAGACUCCAGUCCUUACUCCAAUUCAGACGCAGCAGGAGACUCACGAGCUUAUGAAUGAGAUCAUUUCACCAAACAUUUCCGACACACAGCCAAAUACCCGAGCUCGCAGAAAUCUUUUAACAGAGCAAAAUAAGGAUGUAGAAAGCAGAGUUCAAAAUCCCUUUGAGAUCGGAGCAAAUGUGGAGAUUUCAUCACAAGAUGACAAUACUUGUCAUAAAUGGUAUCCAGGAAAUGUGUUGGCAACAUAUUUGGUUGAUGGGGUUGAGAUGGUGAAAGUUGAGUACUCCGCCCCGUCUCUGGACGAAAAGAAGAGGAAAAGGAGUGUUCAGACACGUGUAUCAAUUGACAGAAUACGUCCUCAACCACCACCUGAGAGAUCUGGAGCGUAGAAAAGUUAUGAGCUAAUGCAGGACGUGGAGGCGUUCGACAAUGGUGCCUGGUGCGCUGGAAAAGUUAAAGUCAUUUUGUUUGAUGGCACGUGUUUUGUCUCUUUGAACAAUUCUACUGAACAAAUUUACUUCAACCAUUCUGAGAUGCGAAAACCAAGAAAAUGGGUAGAUGGUGUUUGGGAGAUGACAAAAAAGGUAAAACAAAUGCCUUGGAUCACUUGAAUUGAAAAAUAAUGUCAUUUGUUUAAUAUCUCGGUAUUGUUUUUCAGAUGGAAGAAGAGCAGACGCAGAGUGUGAAUCCAAGUGAAGGAGAUGGUGAUAAAAAGGUAUGAAAUAUUUAUACAUCAUACUAGGAAUUAAGAUAUAAAUGUAUCUGAAUUUUUGUCAUUCAAAAAGGGGAAGGCGAAGGCUGUCGCUUGUAAGAAAAAUGAAGCAGCUGGUCCAUCAGAAGAUGGUGUUGGGAAAAUGGCAAAAGAGGUAAUAAAAAUGAAUAAGAUCCACUUGAAUUGAAGUUCAGGUCAAUAGUUUGAUAUAUCGGUUUUGUUUCACAGAUGGAAGUAAAGCAGGGUAAGAGUGUGAAACCAAGUCAAGACGAUCAUGCAAAAAAG